AUCUGUAUCAGCUUAAUUAGAAAUCAUGGCAAAGCUUCUUCUGGUGUGUGGUCUUGUGGCUCUUGGAUUUGCAUUGACAUGCUAUGCCGCCACAACCUACACGGUGGGUGGUAACUCCGGCUGGGACAUAAGCACUGAUCUUCCUACAUGGGCCUCGGACAAGAAGUUUGUGGUGGGCGAUGUUCUAUGGUUCCAGUAUUCAUCAUCAAAUAGUGUCAAUCAAGUUACCAAAGAAAACUACGAGGGCUGCAACACGACCAAUGUAGUGAAGUCAUACACCGGAGGGAACACAACGGUCACAUUGACAAGACCUGGUGAUUGGUAUUUUGUGAGUGGCAACAAGCUCUAUUGCUUGGGAGGGAUGAAGCUUCAAGUUCCCGUGCAAGGUAACCAACUAUCUUACGCGCCGGCCAGUGCGCCGCAGUCGUCGACUGGGCCUAGCUCUCUUCCGAACCCUUCUUCCAAGAGCGACAUUCCCACUUCAGCUGGGCUCAGCAUCCAUGGUGGUUCUGAUCAUGUUCUUGUCUUGUCUAUGUUAGGAACUUUAGCUGCCAUGCUAUGGAUGUGAAGUUCAACUUGAGUUUUUGUAUUAAUGAAUCAUGAUCAAUGUUUAUUUGGCAGCUGCACUGCUUCUUUUGAAAAUCAUGAUAAAUAAAUUUUGUCACUAAAUUGUUAAUUUAUAGCUAUGAAUGAAUGUG